UCGUCCCAAGAUGGCAGCCUCCGUGUUGCAACGCUGUUUAGGAGCUGUCAAAGUUAUCCAUAAAUGUGGAAGUCACAGUUUUAUAGGUACAUAUUGUAUAUAUAAAAAAGAAUUAUUUAAAUCAGUAAAGGUAUCAUUGCUAUCAUUGAUUGAUUGGCCGUUUUUUACCGAACUAUUUGUCUUUUGCCAAGCGAGUAGCUAGCGGGCUAGCCAGAUGGCUAGUUAGCUAACGUUAGCUACCUAUAAUGAACCCAUUCUGACCUAACUCAUAACUAGAUAAAUCAGAUGCAUCUUCUCCCGUUUGUUCAAUGAUUGACCUUAGUAUUUGCUUGUACUGUAAUCGCAAUUAAUUGCAUUGUGCAUGUUACCUUCAGUGUCCAGCAUUGUCUAUCCCAUGUAACUUGUGAUCAUUCUUGUUUAUAUCCUACAGCCAGAAGAUGUCUACUUUCAGCAGCAUACACAGACACCAAAUUAUGGGAGGAGAGAGAGAAAGAUAAUCAAAAUCUGGGUAAGCUAUCCACCCAAAGACACUCAUUACCAAUGGUGUAUUGUUAAUGACUAACCAUCCUCUUUGUCACUACCCAUCACAACUAAUGAAAAGUGGAUCUCAAACACAGCUGUCACACAUUAACUGUCAAGUGGACAUGACAUCAGUUGCGUUUUAGUUUUCUGAGACCCAUGGAUCUACGAGUGAAUAUAGAAUAGACAUUAUUCUGUGCAUAAGUCCAUGAAGACAUAACAACUGUAAAUCGAUGACAAUGUCUGUGAGUGUCUGCACCAAAUGAACACAGGGGGGCAGUGUUAGCUAGCUGUGUCAUUCAUACUAUAAAAUGCUUCGAGGCUUAAAGUCAUAUUUUUAAAUGUCAGAGAGUUUCAGCUUGGACUUGUUGUUGUGAAAUGUGAAUAUCAAGCUGAAUGUGCAUGCCAAUCUACAGCGUUGAUGGCCGCCUUGAUGGACAGGACCUAUGACCGAAACUUCCCUGUCAGCUCUCUGACAAUAUCACGGGUAAGAGCAUGUUAGAGUACAGAGAGAUUACACCCUUCUAGCCUGGAUGUCAGCCUGUUUCUGCUUUAGAAAACUACUUCAUUGUCAUGUCAGGUACCUUUAGGCUAAAACCGAAUCAGAUAUGUUGACUAAACUAUGGUUGCAGAAUUUCACAAACUUUCAAUAAAUUCACUAUUUUUCCAGAAAUCCCAGUUGGAAGAUUCCUGGAUUAGGGGGCGAAUAAGCAGGAAAUCCGAAAACCUCCAACCAGGAUUUCUGUAAAACCAGGACAUUUAUUGAUUUUGCAACCCUAGCUAAUACAGAAUCUGACGGGCACCAUAGCUAAUAUGAUUUAUGUUCUGAUCAACCUGUAGUCAAAGUGAAAUAAUAACCAUAAUUUCUCUGUCCAUUUUCUUUUUCAGUUUGUUGACAACAUAUCGUCAAGAGAAGAGGUUGAUCAAGCAGAGUACUAUCUUUAUAAGUAAGCCUCAUUUGCACGCCCUGUAAUGUUCUUUUGUUAGUUAGGGUGUUCACGUCCUGGGCUAAGUUGCUGGCUAAUCCUCUAUGUUCGGACCUCUGUUUUGUCCUAGUCUUUUGUGGCGUAUUUAUGUUCAGUCACAUGUUUCUUUGUUCUGUGCUGUGUUAGAGCUAUCUGUUCUCUGGAAUCGGUUUCUUAUGUGAUUAAAAGAUUUACAUGAAUAUUGUGUUGCAAGCCUAUGGGUUAAGAAGCGAUUACACUUGACUUGACCCAUCUAUCAUAAAGGCUACAUAAAGGCAUCAUAAUAAGGACAUGACAGAAGUCAUAAACAUUCAUGUCUUGUUUGUUGUUGUUUUUUAACGUUUGAACAUCUCUCUCCUCUAGAUUUCGCCACAGCCCAAACUGUUGGUACCUCAGAGACUGGACCGUCCACAGCUGGGUGAGACAGUGUCUCAGAUACGAGGCCAGAGACAAGGCCUUACACACCCUCAAGAACAAGGUAGUUCUACAUUAUGCCGAGCAGAGCCAUAGAAACACAGUUCCACAAACUGUCCUCUAUAUUUGCACCCAACCUUCCAUGACCAUACCAUUCUUAUUUGCAUUCUAACUGGAAUUGUAUUGUCCAAUACAUGGUGCUUGUUGAAAACCUUCAUUCUAAAGAGUUUGACAACCUCCAUUUCUGAGGUUGACUAUAAUAUAUAUAUAUAUAUAUAUAUAUAUAUAUUUUUUUUUUACCGUUCUCUGUUUCUGUAUUUAGGUGCAAUAUGGAAUGUUCCCAGAUGAUUUCACAUUCAACCUGCUGAUAGAUUCCUUCAUAAAAGAUGAAGACUUCAAAGGUGAAGAGUCUCUGACGUCUGAAACAGUAUUAUCUGUCAAACUGUAAAGUUAUCCCAGGACCCCUUUGGAAAAACUCAGUUAAACUCAACUAAACCAAUAAUGUAUAUUCUAUAUUCACAUAUAUAAUACUAUAUGUACCUUAAAACCUAAAAAGGUUGUUCCUCUUCCGUAGGUGCCUGUUCUGUCGUGGAAGAGGUGAUGCUUCAGGAGUCUUUUGAUCUACCAUCAACACAGAUCCUGUCCCUGUAUGCACUGAGCAGUUACCUAGCAACCAAACCAGAGCUCAGCGUAAGUAAAGUAGCAUUCACAGCUUGGUACUGUGUGUGUACCAACAUGUCUGGGGAAGUUAUCGUGCCAAAGUACAUUUGGAAUGUCUGGAUUUUGUAGAAAUGAACGAUUGUUGGAAACGUAAGGAGGACAUAAUCCUAUUUGUGUAGAAAAGUAAAGUCGGAUCCCAGCACAACAUAAUUCCCAUAAAAAAAUAUGGAAAUGCAGGAGUUUGAAUUCAGCAGCCACAGUUAUUUCUGUAUAAUUGAGUUAUUGUGCAAUUUGUAAACGUUGUGCUAGUGCUGUCUGAAGCAUGUGUGUGUGUGUGUGUGUUGGUUCACUACAGGUGUCAGAGCAGAGGGCUCUGGGAGCAGCACUGCUGAAAUGUGGUCUGAAGCAGGACAACUCUACAGGCCUCAGCGCUCAACUGCUGGGCUGUGCUCUAUUAGGUAUGUGUUCAUCCAGUCAUACCACACGCCUGGGCCUUCCUCAUGUUCCUAACCCUUUGGUGAUGGCAGAAGGAGGAGGAUUUCUCUCCAUUUCUCAAGAAUCCCUCCUCUUCAUCUUCUUGUCAGACAUCAUUGAAAUCAACCUCUCUCUCUCCAUGCCACAUGGUCUUUGCCCUGGUUGUCAUGUUGUGCUGAUCAAGUCUCUGAUAGUUUCCUCUCCCUGCUCCUCUCUCUUUGUCUGUCUCUAGGUAAGGUGGAGAUGGCUGCUGGGAUCCAUGCUGUGUUCAGGGGCAUGCCUCUGAUGUGGACCCCAGGGUAUCUGAGCCAGGCCCUGGCUGUUAUGGAGAGAGUAGCUGCCGCUCCUGGAGAUAGCAAACUAUCAAAGGACGCCGUAUGUACAGUGGGGAAAAAAAGUAUUUAGUCAGCCACCAAUUGUGCAAGUUCUCCCACUUAAAAAGAUGAGAGAGGCCUGUAAUUUUCAUCAUAGGUACACGUCAACUAUGACAGACAAAAUGAGAAAACAAAAUCCAGAAAAUCACAUUGUAGGAUUUUUAAUGAAUUUAUUUGCAAAUUAUGGUGGAAAAUAAGUAUUUGGUCAAUAACAAAAGUUUCUCAAUACUUUGUUAUAUACCCUUUGUUGGCAAUGACACAGGUCAAACGUUUUCUGUAAGUCUUCACAAGGUUUUCACACACUGUUGCUGGUAUUUUGGCCCAUUCCUCCAUGCAGAUCUCCUCUAGAGCAGUGAUGUUUUGGGGCUGUCGCUGGGCAACACGGACUUUCAACUCCCUCCAAAGAUUUUCUAUGGGAUUGAGAUCUGGAGACUGGCUAGGCCACUCCAGGACCUUGAAAUGCUUCUUACGAAGCCACUCCUUCGUUGCCCGGGCGGUGUGUUUGGGAUCAUUGUCAUGCUGAAAGACCCAGCCACGUUUCAUCUUCAAUGCCCUUGCUGAUGGAAGGAGGUUUUCACUCAAAAUCUUACGAUACAUGGCCCCAUUCAUUUUUUCCUUUACACGGAUCAGUCGUCCUGAUCCCUUUGCAGAAAAACAGCCCCAAAGCAUGAUGUUUCCACCCCCAUGCUUCACAGUAGGUAUGGUGUUCUUUGGAUGCAACUCAGCAUUCUUUGUCCUCCAAACACGACGAGUUGAGUUUUUACCAAAAAGUUAUAUUUUGGUUUCAUCUGACCAUAUGACAUUUUCCCAAUCCUCUUCUGGAUCAUCCAAAUGCACUCUAGCAAACUUCAGACGGGCCUGGACAUGGAUUGGCUUAAGCAGGGGGACACGUCUUGCACUGCAGGAUUUGAGUCCCUGGCGGCGUAGUGUGUUACUGAUGGUAGGCUUUGUUAUUUUGGUCCCAGCUCUCUGCAGGUCAUUCACUAGGUCCCCCCGUGUGGUUCUGGGAUUUUUGCUCACCAUUCUUGUGAUCAUUUUGACCCCAUGGGGUGAAAUCUUGCGUGGAGCCCCAGAUCGAGGGAGAUUAUCAGUGGUCUUGUAUGUCUUCCAUUUCCUAAUAAUUGCUCCCACAGUUGAUUUAUUCAAACCAAGCUGCUUACCUAUUGCAGAUUCAGUCUUCCCAGCCUGGUGCAGGUCUACAAUUUAGUUUCUGGUGUCCUUUGACAGCUCUUUGGUCUUGGCCAUAGUGGAGUUUGGAGUGUGACUGUUUGAGGUUGUGGACAGGUGUCUUUUAUACUGAUAACAAGUUUAAACAGGUGCCAUUAAUACAGGUAAUGAGUGGAGGACAGAGGAGCCUCUUAAAGAAGAAAUUACAGGUCUGUGAGAGCCAGAAAUCUUGCUUGUUUGUAGGUGACCAAAUACUUAUUUUCCACCAUAAUUUGCAAAUAAAUUCAUUAAAAAUCCUACAAUGUGAUUUUCUGGAUUUUUUUUCCUCAAUUUGUCUGUCAUAGUUGACGUGUACCUAUGAUGAAAAUUACAGGCCUCUCUCAUCUUUUUAAGUGGGAGAACUUGCACAAUUGGUGGCUGACUAAAUACCUUUUUUCCCCACUGUAGCCUAAUUACCAAUACCUGUCUCAGUGCUGUACUUUCUGCAAUUGUUCAAUUAUUCUCACACUAACAACAUCAUUAGUAACACAUUACACACGUAUAAUAGUAAGUCAUUGUGUUACCACGAGUAAGAAGCAUGCAGUUUAUACUGCUACAGAGCUGAUUGUUAGCAAUUUCAGUUAACUCAUCAAAUGCUGCAAAUAACACAGUUACCAUUUGACACAAACCUGGUGGCAGGAGAGAGCUGUUACUGUCCAGGUACGAUGUAUGACGCAGUCAGAGUCUUUAUCUCCAGGGUUUAGUGUUGCGAUAUCUGUGUUAUUUAUACCCUGCCACACGUCAGUGCACCCUGGUGCAGCACUCCUCUAGCGCUGUCCAGUUCAAUAGUUCAACUCUGAACAGAGUAAUCUGAUUUAUGGAAGUCUGGAGCCCAGGGGAAAUCUGUAAGAAUCUCUCCUUUGGGCUCCAAACCAGAUUUGCUAGAAAGCAGGACAGUGUCAGACCUGAUGACUCUGUGUAGGUCAGGACAGACAGGACAUAUUCAUUGUGUGUGUCAUUGUCUGUGUGUGUUUGUUUGUUUUCGUGUCAGUCUUUUGUCCUGAUGGACGUCUAUGAGAGGAUGCUCCAGUGUGGCUUCGCAAGUAAUUGUGUCUGUCUGAGUGCAUGUCCGGCUGUCCCAGUUGUGUGUUUCCUUACAUCUCUCUGUCUGUGUGUGUGUGUUUCUCCUAGGUUGAUUACCUGGAGGGCCUGCUCCAGGACCUGUCCUCUGCCUCGGACUCCAACUCCUCCUCUGGAGAGGACGAGUUAGGAGGAGAGGAGGAGGGGAAGAAGAAGGAGGAGGAGGAUGAAGACGACCAGGCAGAGAGAGAGAAACUACCGCUCUAUGUCAGCAGGUUCAAGGUAGAGACUGGGCAAAGAUCAGUCAAUCAAACGGGGACAAAAUGUGUAUGGACAGUACAUGUAUGUUGUGUUAUGAUUGCAGAUUUCUAAUUUUGAGAAAGUGAAUAAAUUGCUAUUAAGCACUCAAUCUAUAACAACAGUUACACUUAAUCGCUCCUUUUCCAUAGACCCCAUUUCUAACCACCUCCUCUCCUCUGGCCAUGUGUAGGAGCUGAGCGGGCAGCUCCGGUCUGGGGGUAAGGUGGACCCUAGUCCCCUGCAGGUGCUGGUCUCCAGCCUGGUCCAGCAGGGCCUGGCCUCAGCAGAGGGCCCUGACAUGGAGCAGUACCAGAGGAAGGUAGGGGAGUGGGAGGCAGAGAGGCAGCAGCUCAUCAGAAGAGAGAAGGAGAUGAGGGAGAGGGCUGAGGAGGAGAGACAGGCCCGUCAGGCAGCAAAGGCAGCUUCACAAUAACACUGAACACACAGCUGGAUUGAUCCCAUCCACUGUGGCUUACUCUACAACAAGGGUGCAUCCACUGCGGUAUAUACCACCGCAAAGCAUCAAUGGAUAUUACUGGUACUUUUUCAUAAAUUGUUGGGUCCCUACAACGUCUGCAGUGAAACAUACACGAAAAGUGAGGGUUGUCUUUGAAAUAUAUAAUAUGAUCUGUACAUGAAAAGCAAAAAAUUAACUAUCUGUUGUCUCCUGAAAUCUGUUUCUUUCAUGUAACCUGUUUGUGUCUUUUGUACAAAUGCCAUUCGCAGUUGAGCAAUAUACCAUGAACAAGAUGACAACUCCCCAUGAUAGAAGUUUGUCUAUAUUAAAUUAUCGUGAUCAACAAAUAA